ACCAUUUUUCUUUGGUCAAGUAGCAGAAAUUACAGAUGUGGAAAUAACAACAGUGUGCAGUCUCAUUGGUGCUGAAUAUCACUGCUGGUGUGAGGAUCAGUAUUUUUGGCCGUGUGAAAAGUGCACCAUAUAUGGACCUUGUGAUGACGUCAACAAUUCUACGUGUGGCUGCAUCAACGGUCUUCCAGAUGAUGAACAAUUAUGCCAGCCAAUCAAUGAGCUGUCUUAUAACUCUACAUGUCCACCUAAUCCAGUCCGAGCUGAAUAUCUGAUUGAGGUUGAGAUUAGCACAGCAGAUUUCUCAUUUGGGUAUCAACUUAAAUACGAUCUGGAGACAUCAAUUUUCCCCUUCAUAAAUUUCAUGAAAAUUAACAUGACUACAGUGUGUCAGCUAAUUGGCAUUGAAUACCAGUGUACAUGUCAAGAUCAGUAUUUCUGGUCACUUGAUAACUGUGCUAUGUAUGGCACCUGUAAUUACGCGAAUGAAAAUGCAUGUACCUGUAUCAAUGCACUUCCCAGUGAUGGACAGAUGUGUGUGCCAACAAGUGAACUGCCAAUCUUUUACUAUCUGGUUGAAUUUAAGAUUAAUACUGAAAACACAUCAGUGAUCAAUGAAGGCAGAAACUUCCUUGGAGGAGUCAAUUUACCAUUUUUCUUUGGUCAGGUAGCAGAAAUUACAGAUGUGGAAAUGACAACAGUGUGCAGUCUCAUUGGUGCUGAAUAUCACUGCUGGUGUGAGGAUCAGUAUUUUUGGCCGUGUGAAAAGUGCACCAUAUAUGGACCUUGUGAUGACGUCAACAAUUCUACGUGUGGCUGCAUCAACGGUCUUCCAGAUGAUGAACAAUUAUGCCAGCCAAUCAAUGAGCUGUCUUAUAACUCCACGUGCCCACCCAAUCCAACCCGAGUUAUAGGUGACUCCUUAUGUCCACCCAAUCCACUCAAAGCUAAAUAUCUGAUUGAGUUUGAAAUUAAUGCAGUAGAUGAAACAGUCCUGAAUCAACUGAGGGCCCUUUUGGAGAUACUCAGUGUACCCUUCAUAAUUAGUAACAUUAAUUUCACUGAAAUUGACAUUACUACAGUAUGCAGGUUGAAUGGUUCUCAAUAUCAGUGCAGGUGUGAGGAUCAGUAUUUCUGGCCAUGUGAAAAGUGUACACUAUAUGGGUCCUGUGGUGAGAUCACCAAUACCUCAUGUGACUGCAUCACUGCUCAUCCAAAUGGGGGACAGUUCUGCCAACCAAACAAUGAGCUGACUAAUAACUUUGCAUGUAUAAUUCAACCUAUAACAACCACAGUUAGCACUACAACUGCUGCAACCAAAACCAGCUUCACCCUAACCCCCACGUCUACAUCAGCAAUUACAGCAACUACUGCAAUCUCAUCUAAGCCAACACCAACCCCCACAUCACCAGCAAGCACCACAACAACUGCAGUACCACCACGCACAACCACCAGUAUUGCAACUGCUUCAACCCAAACCAGCACAACUACAACAACUGCCACAUCUACUACAACACAAAACAGCACAACUACAGCCAUAACAAAUGCAGUUAACACAACAAAUGCUGUAACAAAAACUAACACAACUCCAACCACCACACCCGCGGCAACCAGUGCAACUACUACAAUCUUUACCAAACCAACUACAACCCCCAUAGCAAACAGCACAAUUACGACAACCUUAUUCAAACCAACUACAACCCCCACACCCACAGCAACCAGCACAACUACGACAACCUUAACCAAACCAACUUCAACCACCACACCCACACCAAUCACCACAACUGCCGGCACCCAAUUAUUAACCUUUACAUUGUCAAUAAUUGAAGAUUUUGACUUUGAACUCAGUGACCAAACCAGUGCAAAAUACAAAACAUAUAAAGCAAAGAUUGAGACUUCGAUUAAUUUAAGCUACAGAACUGUAUCAGGUUACGUGGCCAACUCUUCAACAGUGACUAACUUCAGGCCUGGCAGUGUGUUAGCAGACUUUACUAUUCAAACAACUAGUGUUAACCUUAAUCUGGUAUCAGCAAAUGAAAACCUUGCUAGUAGUCUCCGUUUACAGGGAUUUAAUGUGAGCGAAUCUGCAUUUAGUCAAAGUGUGAAAGAUGGGCUAUAUAAAUCCAGCGGAAAUAUAUAUCCUGGGACAAAUCUAAUACUUACCUGCAAUCCUCCGGUUAAUAAUGGCCUUACAUGGACUUUGAAUGGGGGCCCCCUACCUCAGUCAGAUAAUAUCCUUCAGCUCAAUAAUGCCGCUCCCAAUAACAGUGGUCAAUAUGCUUGCACUACUAAAGUAAACUCAAUGCCCUAUGUUAUCUGGCAAGUUAUUACAAUUCAUCCAUACCCCAAUAUCCAAGUGACCAGUAAUAAACUAGUACAAUGUCAGGAUACAACAGUCCCACUGCAGUGUUGUGUUCAGUCAAUUUACCAAGUGGAAUGGGGCUCAGCUGCUUGCAGCUCACCUUCAAAAAACCCAGUGACAGGCUGCAUAUCAUGUGACUAUCCAAUUAUACAAACAAAUUGCAUGAAUAAUGAAGUAGCACAGGUCACAUGCCAGCUCCAAAGUCCCCUCCCUGGAAGUACAACUCAAAGUUACAACUCAAAGAGCAUCACUUUAAAUAUAAUAAACAAAACAUUUGACUGCUUUGAUAAUGUAUUUGGAGCUGGAAAUGUGGGAGUGGAAAGCACUGGUAACUGCAGUGGAGGCAUGGUUGGCUAUCAAGUAGCUCAGUGUAUAUCCCCAAACAUCUGGAACCCAAUAGAAAACUACUGUGUUCUACCCAUCUUUAAAAAUUUACAAGAUACAGCUAAGACUUUACAAGCAGCAAAUAUCCCACAAUUUAUGGCCAAUCUCAGCACUAAUGCUUUGUUAGCAAUUCAAAACAUCACUGCCUCUUCAGCUACAAUAUUAACAAUUGUAGACAUACUGAACAUCAUUUCCAAUCUCUCACAAACAAUUUUAAUUAAUCCACCUGUUAUGAAUAAUUUCCUACAAACAACAGAUGUCAUCGGAUCAGAUGGUGCCCAAAGCACAUGGGUGCUCUUAAACAGCAACAAUACAACAAAGAAUGCUAGCUCUGAACUUCUGAAAGCGACUGAGAUUAUUGCAACCAGACUAUCAGAUGGAAGCUUCUUCAUAACAACAAACAUUAGUUCACUUAAUAAAACUUUCAUCACUGCCCCGUUUUCUGGAACAUUUGGACUAAAUUCAACAACCCAAAUAAAUAUUCCAGUGGCGAGUGCACAGACAUCUCUCACAGUAAUAAUUUCUUCAGCUUUUAAUAAUAUCUUACCUGUUCGAAAUCUGACCAACAAUGACAGCAGUCAAACUGGCACCAUUAUUAAUGGAGAUGUAGCUGUAAUUGAGACAAACUCGACCAUCAAGAACAUUUCCCUUUCUUUUAAUAUAAAAAAUAUGACGCUAGGAAACCCUCAGUGUGUCUUUUGGAACUAUAGUCUUUUGAAUGGCAUUGGAGGUUGGGACUCGACUGGAUGUCAACUAAUGCCAUUAGAGAAUGAAACUGAAAUUGUCACUUGUGAAUGCAAUCACACAACAUCCUUUUCAAUCUUGAUGUCACCGUUUACCCUGGAUAAUGACUCAGCCAUAAUCUUAAACUAUAUAACUUACAUCGGUGUUGCUAUUUCAUUGGGCUGCUUGGUUUUGUGCCUCCUAAUUGAAAUCAUUAUAUGGAAAUCAGUGACAAGAAAUGACACGUCCUACAUGCGGCAUGUCUCUAUAGUCAACAUUGCUCUCUCCUUACUGAUUGCGGACAUAUGCUUUAUCAUUGGAGCAGCGGUAGUUAACCAAGGCGAGGGUCCCUGUAGUACAGCCACAUUCUUUAUGCACUUCUUUUAUCUUGCCCUUUUCUUCUGGAUGUUGUUGUCAGCACUCUUGCUCCUCUACCGCACCCUUAUGGUCUUUUCCAGAAUGACCAGAGGUGCGAUGAUGGCCAUUGCCUUCACUGUUGGCUAUGGAGCCCCAUUAAUCAUAGCCGUGGUUACUGUGGCAUCUACAGCUGGACAACAUGGAUACAUUCAAAAACAGUACAAUUGUUGGCUAAACUGGAGUCAAACGAAGGCCCUCCUGGCAUUUGUGAUUCCUGUUCUGACUGUUGUAGCUAUAAACUUCCUGGUGCUUAUUGUGGUUCUGUUUAAGAUGUUAAGGAGAGGAGCUAAUGCUUCCAUUCAGCAAGAUGAGAAACAUCCUCUAGUAGUCAUUGCUAGAUGUGUGGCGAUUCUAACACCUCUCUUUGGUCUAACAUGGGGAUUCGGCAUUGGAACCUUGGUAUCACCGAACCGUGGAAUUCACAUAGUGUUCGCAUUCUUUAAUUCACUACAGGGCUUCUUUAUUUUGGUGUUUGGCACUUUACUGGAUAGUAAGGUCCGAGAAGCAUUGGCAGGAACGUUUUCACUGAAGAACUUCAGCUCUUAUCGCACCAGAAGUACGAGUGGGGGUCCAUCAUCCUCAAGUGGAUUUCCUUUCUUUCAGAGGAUGCGGCAGAGAAAUGCAUAUAAUAUUUCGAGUGGUGGCCUGAUGUCUUCAAGCAGCUCAGCUACUGACACCUAAACUAAUAUGUCCACAUUAUAAUUCAUGGCACAACAUGUCUACAUCCAAAAUAGCAUUGUUUAAAUAGUUACCAAAAAAA